AGCAGUCCGCGCCGCGCCGGGCUACCGCGAGCUCGCCUCGCGGCCAUGUGGGCGCGCGCCUUUCUCUCCGUGCUGACCGCCGUCGUCGCUAUAAACCUUGGAAAUGCCGAGAAAAGCAAAUUCUAUUACAUGGACUCGCUCUGCAAGGACCACUUCCUGCAGCGCCAGUACCGCAAGCUGGAUGGAGGCGUGCUCUGGUCCCGUAACGAGCGCAACCUGGACUGCACGGUCACGUUCCAGACGCACAGCAUCCUGCAGCGGUUCAUGCUGCACUUCGACCUGCUGCAGCUGGACUGCAAUGACCACCUGUAUGUGUAUGAUGGGGCGCAUGCGACCGCGCCGCCUAAGGCCGACCUCUCCUGCCGGAACACCAAGCAGCAGGUCGGCGCGCUGUUCACGCGCAGCAACUUCGUGACACUCAAGUACGUCACGGACAACUGGGGGACCGACGCGAACGGCUUCAAGCUGGUCAUCACCGCUGUUAAGGACCCCAAGCACGGCUGCAAGGAGUUCCGGUGCAAGCAGCGCGAGUUCUGCGUGAGCGCGGACCUCACGUGCGAUGGAGUGGACCAUUGUGCGGACGGCUCGGAUGAGGACACGGCUACGCUGUGUCCGGAGAGCGGCGGCGGCAGCGCGGGCGAGGCGUGGGUGGCGGCGGGGGCCGGCGCCGCGGCGCUGGUGCUGCUGCUCGUGGUAGCGGCGCUCUGCUGCUACUGCCGCCGGAGAGCACCCAACCGACGCACACAUUUACAUUUAGAUCAAAUGGCAAGCAGCAACGGUGCCGGCGGGAAGGGCGCGGCGCCCUGCUCGCCGGGCAGCGCCACGCGGCUGCCGGGAAACUGGGCGCACCCUGCGGGCCCGCGCGGUAUAGAUAAUGUGAUGAGUAAGGAGCAGGGCUGGGGUGCAGGUACAGGGCGGCGCGCCCGGGCCGCCUGCGGGCGCGGGCGCUGCGCUGAGCGGCGCGGGCGCCCCGCACAAGGACGAGUGGUUCGUCUGAGGCGGCCCGGUCGGGCCCGCGGGGAGGGGGCGCCGUACCGGCCCCCGACCGCUCCCAGCCUCCCGGCUCACACCGGCCGAACGAGUUUGUCAGCUACGUCUUUUGUCUGCACUCUACACUAUACAGGAUGUUCCGUUUUGUAUCUAUGUUUGUGAAUGAAUAUUUUUGUGACAUACAUAGGAUGUUCCUUUUUUUAAUUGUGUUUAUGUUUGAGGUAAAGUGUUAAAUAAUUUCAUGUUUGGCAAUAAAGAAAUGAAUUAUUUAUUAUAUGACAUACACUAUACAGGAUGUUCCGUUUUUUACUUGUGUUUAUGUUUGAGGUAAAGUGUUAAAUAAUUUCAUGUAUGGCAAUAAAGAAUGAUGUCUAAAUUGUGUUGUUUAAAAAUGUGUGUACUUUUUGUGUUAGUUUAUUUGUCAAUUAAUUUAUUAUGGUUUAAAUUAACAGCUUUAAUUUUAAAUCGAUUGUUUUAUGAUUCGUUCAUUUGUGUCCUUUAAUUCAAUCAAUUUGUAUAAUCGGAUAUUGUUAGUUUUAUUUUCUUUCACUUACACUUGUAGGUUAUUAUAACACUGGAAAUUAUUUGAAAUUAUAAUCGUAAAAGCCCCAAAUUAUUUUGUAUUUGUUUACAUUCAAUUCAGCGCCAUCUACUUCCAUUAAAAAGUGAUUAUAACUUUACCAUGUAAUUUUGACGAACUUUGAUAAUUUUUUUAUUAUCAUUAAUCUUUGUUAUUACAAAGUUAUCAUACUAUCAUAGACUGGAUUUCAUUUAUGUUUUGAACUUUCAUUAUUGAAAAUUGCAUUUACCGAUAAAAAGACUUAGUAAUAAAUAUGACAAUACUCUAACCGGCCGAUGAGCAAGGCAGUUCCACACACGCUACACGCACACACACAUACACAUAUCUGAAAUACAAAUUUUAUCUUUACGGUUUAAAUUUUAAACAUUUAAAAAUUCUAGCGCCGCAAUUAAAAUCGUUGUAAAUUGAUUUCAACGCCAUCUAUAUUUAAUUACAAGUAAAUACACGACGAAUUCGUUGUGUAAGAAAGAAGUGAUCAUGAAUAAAAUGACCACGAUUUUAAUCGCUGUGCUAGAAAGAGUGAUACUCCGAACUAAAUAUCAUAUACAGGACCAGAUAUAGCAAUAAUAACCGAUUCAAUUUAUAUUUAAUGCAAUCUUAUCUUUUUAUAUAUUUAAUCUGGAUAAGUUAUGCGAGAUUUUUAUAAUCAAAAGAUUGUAGUUUCAUAUUUGAAAUGGGAAUGUUUUACACAUUUUUAAAUUAAAGACUUUAAAAUUAAAACAACCGUUCAAAAGAGCGUGAGUAGACAUAUCUUAAAAUUUUUCAAAGUCUUUAAUUUCAAAAUGUGAAACAGUUUUAGUGGCGUAACUAUAAUGACUACCCAUAGGUAAUUCAUCGGCUAGGAACCAUAACCACAAAGUUCACUCACAGGACUUGGUUCACUAGUAAAUAUUAUUUACUUACUGUCUUGGCAUUUGGCCCUUUCAGUAGAGAAUCGUAUUGCCUGGAUCGUCUUAUUGUUACGUCACUAAGUUUUUAGUCAUAUUCCUCUAGGAUCUAUGUAUUCUUGUGUGCACGCAGCGUGUCAGGUGGGUAUCACUGCUGAUGUUUUUACAUCAAUUGUAUAUGAGAUUUAUAUGAUAGUGUCGUAUGACGUAUGCUCUUAUAUUUUCUACUUUAUCAUAUCUGUUGGUAUGUGGAAUGUUAUGAUGUUUCUGCGAGUAUUCAUGUGGAUUAUGGUGACUUACAAGAUUUUCUAAUGUAUUUGGUAAGAAUAUUCAAGUGACUCUAAUAAUAUUUAUAACUUAUUGAGUAACGUAUUGAGCCUAAAUAAGACAGCUAUUAAAGUCAGUAACAUCUCAAAAUCUAUAUUAAACUGUAGUAUACUUUAAGAUGUUAGUUCUGUUAAAAGGAUAACUAUAUAAGAAAUACCAUAACAGUCCUUCAUGAUCCAACCUAAAAUAAAUCUUGUGGCGUCGUGUACAGAGUGUUAUUUCGAAUGUGAAUAUACGUGGAUACCAAAUGAUUUGUGUGAUGCGCCACCUACCUGCUUGAGACAUAUCUAUGGCGAUAAUAAUUGAUAAAAAAUGGUGGAUCGCGGUCAAGUUAAACUAUUAAACUGUAUGGUAAAGUGCACAAGAAGUAAGCUGACAACAUUUUUUCAAUUGACGUUCUUCGUCGGAUCGAUAUUCUUAGAUAGAUUGAUUAUAGCAACGGAAGGAUUUGGUAAAGGAAUGAAGCAUUUUUAAAUUAAUAGAAGAACGUUUGAAAACCUAACUUUUAGCAUAAUGUGUUACAAAUAUGUACAAGUUUUUUUGUUUGACCUAUAUGAUUACCUAUGUAACUAGGUGUUUCAAUUAACUUCAAGAAUAAUAUAACAAUAUUGUCAUUUACUUUUCGUAACUGUUAUUUCAAAUAAAUGAAGAACGAUCAAGUAGAAAUGACAUUGAUGGUUUCAGAACGAUUUUUAUGAAGUGUUACGAAUGGUUAAAAUCAUGUAGACUUAGCAAGACCGCGAUCCCGCCAACUUCAAACAAUAAAAUAUUUAUAAGAUCGGAAAGUUUUAUACGUUUCCUAAUAUUUUGCAUUACAAUAUAAACAUAAUCAUGACUCAUAAUCAUAGAAUAGAAGAAUUGUAUGUAUAAAUUUAAUUUUAAUAUAGAUAAGUGUGUCCUAAAGUUUAUGAGAUGUUGACGCGUAUGUUCGUACCUUUAAAUUGUACUUGUAUAUUAUCGCGCUGAUAAUAAUCUGAUAAAUCUAUCCGAUUGUAUGUAAUAAUAAUUUUAGUGGACUUUUUUUAGACUCGUUUAGUGGGCGCGCCGCGUCAUCGUAUUUUGGUGUUAAUGCAGUGUAAAUUUAUUAUGACAUUAAACAUUUUUGGCUUAUUGUUCGUA